CCCCGGCCCGCCGGGACGGACGGAGCCCGGCCCGGAGCGCCGCGGCCCCCUCAGAGCUUUUUCCAGCGCGAGGUGGAAGAUGAAGGUCAGAGGCUGAGGGAGCCACACCUGGAAGGGCACCUGGAACUCAGGUCGGGCUCGGAGGCCGGGCGGGAUCCAUGGAGGAGCCGAGCGGGCUCUGACUCCGCGGCGUUUUCCGGGCAGAAAUUCCAUGGCAAUGUAUCCUACAAGGGUCUCCGGUGAGGAAUGCAACGGCAUCAACGCCAUGGCGGCCGAGAGCGGCCCCGGCACGCGCCUGCGGAACCUCCCGGUGCUGCCGGACGCCCUGGACUCCACGCAGCCGUCGGCGGCGCCGGCGCCGGGCCAGGCCCAGCCCGGGGCCGGCGUCGGCGUCAACCCGCCGCCGCCGGAGACGUCCAACCCCAACAAACCCAAGCGCCAAACCAACCAGCUCCAGUACCUGCUCAAGGUGGUCCUCAAGACCCUCUGGAAGCACCAGUUCGCGUGGCCCUUCCAGCAGCCCGUGGACGCCGUCAAGCUCAACCUCCCGUUUUCGGCGCGGAACCUCCCGGUCCGUGGGGUCCCCCCGUUCGGGAGCCGCGGCGGCGCCGAGCCCGGCGUCACCCCCGGCCCCCCGCUGUGCUUGCAGGACGUGUUCGAGAUGCGCUUUGCCAAGAUGCCGGACGAGCCGGAGGAGCCGGCCGUGCCCGCCUCGUCGCCGGUGGUGGUGCCACCUCCCACCAAGGUGGCGCCGCCCUCGUCCAGCGACAGCAGCAGCGACAGCUCCUCGGACAGCGACAGCUCCUCCGACGACUCCGAGGAGGAGCGGGCGCAGCGCUUGGCCGAGCUGCAGGAGCAGCUGAAGGCCGUGCACGAGCAGCUGGCGGCGCUGUCCCAGCCCCAGCAGAACAAACCAAAGAAGAAGGAGAAGGACAAGAAGGAGAAGAAGAAGGAGAAGCACAAAAAGAAGGAGGAGCUGGACGAGGCCAAGAAGAGCAAGGCCAAGGAGCCGCCGCCCAAGAAGGCCAAGAAGAGCAACAGCAGCAGCAGCAGCAGCGCCUCCAGCAAGAAGGAGCCGGCGCCGGUGAAGCCCAGCAAAGCCGCGCCCGCCUACGAGUCGGAGGAGGAGGAGAAGUGCAAGCCCAUGUCCUACGAGGAGAAGCGGCAGCUGAGCCUGGACAUCAACAAACUGCCCGGCGAGAAGCUUGGGCGCGUGGUGCACAUCAUCCAGUCCCGCGAGCCCUCGCUCAAGAACUCCAACCCCGACGAGAUCGAGAUCGACUUCGAGACGCUGAAGCCGUCGACGCUGCGCGAGCUCGAGCGCUACGUCACCUCCUGCCUGCGCAAGAAGAGGAAAGCCCCAGAGAAGCUCGACGUCCUGGCCGGCUCCUCCAAGCUCAAGGGAUUCUCCUCGUCGGAGUCGGAAUCCAGCAGCGAGUCGAGCUCUUCCGACAGCGACGAGUCGGACUCAGAGAUGGCGCCGAAGUUGAAGAAAAAAGGGCACUCGGGGCGGGAGCAGAAAAAGCACCACCACCACCACCACCAGCCGCCGCCGCAGCCGCCGCCGGCGCCGCCGCAGCCCGCGCCGCCGGCGCUGCAGCCGCCGCAGCCGCCGCCCGUCCCGCAGCCCGCGGCGCCGCUGAAGGCGUCGCCGCCGCCGCCCUUCGUCGCCGCGCCGGUGCCCGUCCUGGAGCACCCCUUGCCGGGGACCAUGUUCGACACCAUGGCCCACUUCGGCCAACCCAUCCUGCACCUGCCCCAGGCCGAGCUGCCCCCGCCCCACCUGCCCCCGGCGCCCGAGCACAGCCCCUCGCCCCACCUCAACCAGCACGUGGUGUCUCCUCCAGCUUUGCACAACGCUCUGCCUCAGCAGCCCUCGAGGCCCAGCAACCGCGCGGCGGCGCUGCCCCCGAAGCCGCCGCGGCCGCCGGCCCCGUCGCCGGCGCUGCCGCCGCAGCCGCCGCCGCAGCCGCUGCUGCCGCAGCCGCCGCUGCCGCAGCCGCCGCAGGUGCUGCUGGAGGACGAGGAGCCGCCGGCGCCGGUGCCGGUGCCGCCGGCGCCGCCGCCGCACCACGGCCUGCCGCUGAGCGCCAGCCAGAUGCAGCUGUACCUGCAGCAGCUGCAGAAGGUGCAGCCGCAGCCUCCGCUUCUCCCUUCAGUGAAGGUCCAGUCGCAGCCGGCGCCGCAGCCGCAGCCGCCGCCGCCCCCCCCGGCGCUGCCGCCGCCGCCGGCGCACCCCGCGGUGCAGCCGCUGCAGCCGCCGCCGCGCCCGCUGCACCUGCAGCCCCUGCCCUUCCCGUCGCACCUGGCGCAGCCGCCGGCGCCGCCGCCGCCGCAGCCGGCGCCGCCGACGCAGCAGCAGCAGCCGCCGGCGCCGCCGCAGCCGCAGCCGGCGCCGGCAAAAGCGCAGCAGGUCAUCCAGCACCACCCGUCGCCGCGGCACCACAAAGCCGACCCCUACGGCGCCGGUGAGCGGCGGGGACGGAGACGGCGCCGAGGGGUGGGGGGGGUCACGGAUGGGUCACGGGAAUUGCGAGCGGCCUCGGUGGUGCAGUCGCAGCCGCUGGGGGGGGGGAAGGAGGAGAAGCUGCACUCGCCCGUGAUCCGCACCGAGACCUUCAGCCCCCCCCUGCGCCAGGAGCCCCCCAAGGGCCACCCCGAGGGCGUCAAGGCGGCCCCGCACCUCCCCCAGCUGCCCAAUUUUGGGGUUCAGAAUUCCCAAAUUUUGGUUUCAGGGCCGGAGCUGAAGCCCCUGGAGGGGGCGGGACCCCGGCCCGUGAUCCGCCCCCCCGAGCAGGCCCCGCCCCCCACGGACAAGGAGCGCCAAAAGGCCGAGCCCAAAACGCCCGUGGCCCCAAAAAAGGACCUGAAGAUCAAGAACAUGGGCUCGUGGGCCUCGCUGGUGCAGAAGCACCCGGCGGCGCCGGCGGCGGCGGCCAAGUCCUCCAGCGACUCCUUCGAGCAGUUCAAGCGGGCGGCGCGCGAGAAGGAGGAGCGCGAGAAGGCCCUCAAGGCCCAGGCCGAGCAGGUGGAGCGCGAGAAGGAGCGGCUGCGCCGGGAGCAGGAGAGGAUGAGGAGCCGGGAGGACGAGGAGGCGCUGGAGCAGGCGCGCCGGGUGCACGAGGAGGCGCGGCGGCGCCAGGAGCAGCAGCCGCCGCCGGGGCCGGGCGCGGCGGCGCCGGUGCCGGUGCCGGUGCCGGUGCCGGUGGCGGUGCCGGUGUCGGCCGCCUCGGCGGCGCCGCAGCCGCCGGCCCCGCCCGGCUCGCAGGCGCUGCUGGACCAGCAGCGCGAGCUGGCGCGCAAGAGGGAGCAGGAGCGGCGGCGGCGCGAGGCGAUGGCGGCGACGAUCGACAUGAACUUCCAGAGCGACCUCCUGGCCAUUUUCGAGGAGAAUCUUUUCUAGGAGCGGCGACUCCGGCCGGGAAUUUUGACUCUUUCCCAAAAAACAAACAAAAAAAAAAAAAAGGA